AUGCGGCAACCCGAACCCCUCCACUGUCUCCUCCUCCUCACGGUCGCCUCGCUCUGCGGGCUAGCGCGCACGGUGGCGGCGGGCGACGACGGCGGCAUGCCGCUGGUCACCGCGAUCACCAAGGACGCGGCCACCUCGCUCUACACCGCGCCGCUCCGGGACACCCGCCCGCUCGUCCUCGACCUCUCCGGCCCCAUGGUCUGGACCACCUGCGACGGGCCCUCCCAUGACACGCUCGACUGCAGCAGCGAGGCCUGCACGCGCGCGCACCGGUUCCAGCCGCCCAACUGCCCGCAGACCGGCUACGGCGAGCACGACGCCCGCAACCUCUGCAAGUGCACCGCGCACCCGCACAACCCCGUCUCCGGCUACACCGCGUCGGGGGACGUGACGCGCGUCACGCUCUCCGCCAACGCCACCGACGGGAAGAACCCUCUGUAUGAGGUGUCGUUCACCGCCGUGGCAUCCUGCGCGCCGGCGUUGCUCCUGGCCAAGCUGCCGGCGGGGGCGGCCGGCGUCGCGGGGCUCGCGCGCUCGGGCGUCGCGCUCCCGGCGCAGGUCGCGGACACGCAGAGGGUCGGUAACAAGUUCGCGCUCUGCCUUCCCAGCGCCGGCUCCGGCGCCGGCGUGGCCAUCUUCGGCGGGGGCCCGCUCUUCCUCCUCCCGCCGGGCCGGCCGGAUGUCAACGCGUCCCUGGCCGGCUACACGCCGCUGCGAAAGCACGGCGAGUCCCCCGGGUACUACAUCUCGGCCGACAAGGGCAUCGCCGUGAACCAGGCGCCGCUGCAGCUCGACAAUGGAUACGGCUCACCGCUGGUCCUCGGGCUGUGCUCCACGACCCCGUACACGGCGCUCCGGCCCGACGUGUACCGUGCGUUCAUCAAGGCGUUCGAUACGGCCACGGCGGGCAGGGCGAGGAUCACACCGGCGGUGGUACCGUUCGAGCUGUGCUAUAACUCGACGGAGCUGGGGUCGACGCGGCUGGGCUACGCCGUGCCUCAGAUCGACCUGAUGCUGGAGGGCGGCAGGAACUGGACGGUGUUCGGCGGCAACUCCAUGGUGCAGGUGAGCGACGACACGGCGUGCCUCGCCUUCGUGGAGAUGAAGCAGGGGGAGGUGGACAAGCAGGGCGGGUCGCCGGCGGCGGUGAUCGGGGGGUUCCAGAUGGAGAACAACCUGCUGGUGUUCGAGGAGGAGAAUCAGCGGCUCGGCUUCAGCUCGCUGCUCUGGGGCAGGCAGACGACGUGCAGCAACUUCAAUUUCACCAUGGCUGCCUAG